AUGGGAGAAGGUGUAAUAACAUUUGCUGCAUCGACACCUUCUCUUGAUAACAGUAAAGCAUCAGGGUACCGGUUAUUUACCUGUGAUGAUGGCAGAUUAUCAAUGGUAAAGCAUUCUUGUGCUAAUAAUAAGAAUGAUAUCGGUGCUUCUGUUCAAUUUUUUGCCUAUUUGAAACCUAAAUCAAGACCAAUUAUUCCACAACACCUUAAUGAUGAUAAUUUAGAUGCUUCAGAUUAUUUAUUAACUGCUAAAUCUAAUGGAUUUAUAGAAAUCAUUAGGGAUUACAAGUAUAAGUCAAAUAAUAAAGUAGAUUUGGAACCGAAUUUUGUACUAAAAUGUAUACCUGAAGAUUUUAAUGCAGAUUUUGCAUCUAGUUAUUUAAUAGCUUCUUUAAAAUAUAAAGAUGGCCUAUUGUAUUGUAAUAUGUGUUCUGGUAGAAUUUAUAUCUUUAUUUUAAAUUUACCAGAUGAUUAUAGGCAGAAUGAUAAUUUAUACACUACAUUUCCAAAUGAAUCUGUCACUUCUGAAUAUAUGGAUACCUUAACUAACGAAGAGGCAAUUCUUAAUCAAGAAACUAAAUAUAUAUGUUCAAAACCCUGGCAUCAUUUGUGUUACUUCUUAAUCCCAGUGGAAAAUGAUCACUUAAGAUAUUCACCAGUGGCCACUUACUAUGGAACUAUGUAUAAAGAUAAGAUAAUAUAUAGAACUUCAAUGUUCACUCAAUUGGAAAGAAGCAUUACAUUGUGCCAAAUCAAUCCAUAUGAUAAAUUUAGCAUAAUAACCACUGGCCCUGAUUCACCAUUAAUAAUAAGAAAAAUUAUUAUCUCAUCAAGUUAUUGUAACUUUAUGAAAUCAUUUUUACACUUGAAAGGAACAAUACAAAAUGUAUACAAUUAUGAAAUAAAAUCAUGGAAUACUAUCUCAGUCUUACUAGGUCGUAAUAUAGUUUUCAGUUGCACCGAAUUCGAUCCUGCUUACGAUUUUGGUAAUGCAAGCUCUGUCACUUGGGAAGAUCUGGCAAGAAGAGAGGGAACUGGCAUAUUGCAAAAUACAUUAGUUUGGAAAGAAAGAAUUGUUCGCAAUCCAAAUGACUUGGAAUCUAAAAAUAAUUCAAAUUCAACAAUAAACACCUCAGAGAUUCAAGAAACCUUAGCUUCUGUACCAUUGAACAGAAGACUUAGAAGAAGACAAGUCCAAUUUUUUUCAAACAGAACUUUGGAAGGAGGAAGUGUCUCAUCUCGAUUAAGAGGUAUGCCAUCUCCAAGAGAAGCACUAUCUGGUUUAUUGAACAAUGAAGAAGAAUCACAAACCAGAUACUUACGAAUACACUGUACCGUCACUGAUUUCCAAAUUGUUCAUAAUCCAGACCCAAAUUUAGAACUGUCCAUAGGAAACUUUAGCUCAUUUUUAACUGAUAAUUACAAGCAUUUGAGUAUAGUUUACACUGAUAAAAAACAAGUGUGCAAUGUAUUCAGACCAACCUUGCAAGAUACCCCGAUAAUGUCUAUAACUCCAAAUAUUUUUAAUGCUAAAGAUGAAGAAUCAAUUGAAACAUUUGACAGCGAUAGAUUCAGAUUGAAGAUGACAUUAAAUAAUCUAUCCUGUCACAAGAAAAUAUUUAUGAUAAACACCAAUUUAAUCAUAAUAAUUGACAUCGGGGGAAUAUUACUUUUGGAUAUCAACAAUAUUUCAGAUCCUCAAAAUUUACUAAACAAUCCUCCAUCGUCAGUAAAGGCUGCAUUAUUCAAAAUUGGAUUGUUGAACGAUGCACUUGCAAUAGUUGAUAGUUUCAAAAGGUGUAAUUGUUCAAAUGUUUGUGAAGAAUUCAAAGUUAUAUUUUCAUUCAUCGUGACAACCGAAGAAGGGUAUGUUUUGGCAUUGAGAGGAACUUUUGACCCACAUUCGCAACUUGGAACAUUAGAACUAAGAGAUUCAUUAAAACUUACGAUAAAAGAGAAAUAUGUUGAUAAGUUGACUUUGAUAGAUUUUGAACACAGUGAUACGAGAAAAAAACGUCCCUUCAAUGAUGAAACUGAUUCAGAUUCAAAUAAUAAGCGUCAUAAUAGAUAG